UCCGGAUAAAUUACCUAUAUAAAUAGUCCCCCCCAAAGACAAACCCUAAUCCGAGUAACCGUGCGAUCUCACACAUAUACACAAAGAAAGUAACUCUGCUUCAAUCUCUGUGUUUAGUCGCCGGCUGUAGCUUGGAUAAUCGAAUAUGGGUAAGGUUCACGGAUCGCUGGCACGUGCUGGGAAGGUGAGGGGUCAGACCCCAAAGGUUGCUAAGCAAGACAAGAAGAAGAAACCCAGAGGCCGCGCCCACAAGCGUAUGCAGUACAACCGCAGAUUUGUCACCGCCGUUGUUGGAUUUGGGAAGAAGAGGGGACCCAAUUCGUCUGAGAAGUAGAAGCUUUGCUUUCUGAUGAGUUUUGGCAAUGCUUCUUAACCCCCCACAAUCAAGAAUAGGUCUAGUUUUCUAGAGCAUGAAGUUUUUGUUUUUCUUUGCGAUACUUUUAUUGUGAGGUUGAACUUGAUGUUCAAAUAUUUAAGCAAACUCUAUUUUCAAGUAUUUACUAUGAGCCUUUGUUGAUAA